AUGCCUGUCAGCGGCGCCAACACGCCUCGGAUCGGCGAUACUGACGUGAUCGGUGCAUGCUUGAUCCGCCACUGGGAAAAGGGUGUUUCUGAUGUGCGCGUUGUCACUGGCCAUGCUGACAGUGUAUACUGCGUGCAGUUUGACCACGAAAAGAUCGUCACUGGAUCCCGCGACCGCACAGUCAAGGUGUGGGACAGCCACACGCUGCUGUGUAUGCGCACAUUGGCAGGCCACGACGCGUCAGUCCUGUGUCUCAAAUACGACGAAACAACGCUGGUGACGGGCUCGAGCGACUCAACUAUCAUAAUCUGGGACUGGGAAUCCGGCACCCCGCUGCUGCGGCUGGUGUCGCAUGCUGCUGGUGUGCUGGAUGUGGCCUUUGACGACAUGCACAUUGUGUCGUGCUCCAAGGACUGCACAAUCAAAGUGUGGGAGCGCAAGACUGGCAAGCUGCUCCGCACCAUGGUCGGCCAUCGCGGGCCGGUCAAUGCUGUGCAGCUCAAGGGCGACCGCAUUGUGUCGGCGUCCGGCGACUCGCUAAUCAAGAUGUGGGACAUCCAUACUGGCGAGCUGAUCCGUAGCUUUGCCGGCCACACACGCGGCCUGGCGUGUGUCCAAUUCGAUGGCAAGACCAUCGUGUCUGGGUCCAGCGACCAGCUGAUAAAGGUGUGGGAUGCAGAGACCGGCCGGUGCAUAAAAACGCUGUCAGGCCACAAGGACCUGGUGCGCACACUGCACUACACCGGUGGCCGGCGGGCGGUUUCUGGCUCGUACGACCAGACGGUCAAGGUGUGGGACAUUGUCACUGGCGAGUGUGUUCUGGAUCUCAAGGAUGUACAUACCAGCUGGGUAUUUGACGUGCAGUUCAGCACCAGCAAAAUUGUCAGCACAAGCCAGGACCAAAAGAUCAUCAUCUGGGACUUUGCAAAGGACCUGGAUGUGGCCGACAUUGAUUAG